CUCAUGCGGGUGGGGAGAAAAGGGUGACCGCCAGCGGCCCGGGGCCUUUGGGUGCAAGCUGAGGGCGCGCUGAGGCUGGCCGGGGGGUCGCCUACGGACGGGAGGCUGGUUUGCUGAGGAUUCGGUGAGCACUGUUUGAACGAGAAACCUUCAUUGCAAACAUAACCAUAUUUGGAGCUGAAAUGGAACAAGCCUUUGGUGAGCCAAUGAGAGACCAGGUCACACGGACACAUUUGACAGAAGGCCUUCCAAAUGCCAGUAAGUGCACAGUGAUCGGAGGCUCUGGAUUCCUGGGGCAGCACAUGGUGGAGCAGUUGCUGGCGAGAGGCUACACUGUCAAUGUAUUUGAUAUGCGGCAAGGGUUUGAUAAUCCUCGGGUGCAGUUCUUCCUGGGUGACCUCUGCAGCCAACAGGAUCUCUACCCAGCUCUGAAAGGUGUAAGCACAGUUUUCCACUGUGCAUCACCCCCACCAUCCAGUAACAACAAGGAACUCUUUUAUAGAGUGAAUUACAUUGGCACCAAGAAUGUCAUUGAAACUUGCAAAGAGGCUGGGGUUCAGAAACUCAUUUUAACCAGCAGUGCCAGUGUCAUCUUUGAGGGCGUCAACAUCAAGAAUGGAACUGAAGACCUGCCUUAUGCCAUGAAACCCAUUGACUAUUACACGGAGACAAAAAUCUUACAGGAGAGAGCAGUCUUGGACGCCAAUGACCCCAAGCGGAACUUCUUAACCAUGGCCAUUCGCCCUCAUGGCAUCUUCGGCCCAAGGGACCCCCAGUUGGUCCCCAUCCUCAUUGAAGCAGCCAGGAAAGGCAAGAUGAAGUUCAUGAUUGGAAACGGGGAGAAUUUGGUGGACUUCACCUUUGUGGAGAAUGUGGUGCACGGACACAUCCUGGCUGCAGAACACCUGUCCCGAGACACAGCCGUGAGUGGGAAGGCAUUUCACAUCACCAAUGAUGAACCCAUCCCUUUCUGGACAUUCCUGUCCCGCAUCCUGACAGGCCUUAACUAUGAGGCCCCCAAGUACCACAUCCCCUACUGGGUGGCCUACUACCUGGCCCUCCUAGUGUCCCUCCUGGUGAUGCUUCUCAGUCCUGUCAUCCAGCUGCAGCCCACUUUCACACCAAUGAGGGUCGCACUGGCCGGCACGUUCCACUAUUACAGCUGUGAGAGAGCCAGAAAGGUCAUGGGCUACCGGCCGCUGGUCACCAUGGAUGACGCCAUAGAAAGGACCGUGCAGAGUUUUCACUACCUGCGGAAGGUUGAGUGAUGCCACCCGGAGACUGGGCCCUCUCGGUGCAUUCCCUGGCUGCUAACUCUCCCCUGUGGACCAACAAACUAACCUCCUUCAAGUGAGUUUCUUCUGAGCUUGGGUCUCCUCCUGCCAGUUAGAAGAGAGCACACCCAGCUCUUCCAUGACCACAAGGGUGGAGGAAACAGCAGACAUGUCUCUCAUUUGUUAGAUUUGAUUGGAAUUUCUUAAAGCAGGCAGCUUCAUAUUCUACUGGUUUGUGUUCUCCGUCUCUCCUUCCCCCCACCCCCACCCGUCCUCUCUCCUGGGUCACUUAUCAUUCCAAUGUCCUUCUACAUAAUUGAGGAAGCUAUAGGGAAAAAAAUCCACUUGCUGACUGAUGGUGGGAAAGUAGACUUAACUUCCAUGCAAACCAGUACUAGAGAGAAGCAAGCCACAGCCUGUUCAAGGAGCCACAUAUUACAUAUACCCUAAAAGAAAAAGCAGAGGGGACACCUGGGUGUCUCAGUGGUUUAGCGACUGCCUUCAGCCCAGGGCCUGAUCCUGGAGUCCCAGGAUCGAGUCCCACAUCAGGCUCCCUGCGUGGAGCCUGCUUCUCUCUCUGCCUGUGUCUCUCCGCCCCCCCCCCCGGGUCUCUCAUGAAUAAAUAAAUAAAAUCUUUUUAAAAAAAGA